CUAAAGAAUCCGCUUACAUACUUGCCUCUAGUAAGUCAUCGAAACGUUGGCCAAGAGAGAAGGGCGCCAACGAUUGUUUCCGGCUCUAUUUUGUAAGAGUUAGCGAAUUAAAGAAGCCUCAUUUGGCAACUCCUGCGUAUCUUUCCGUGUGAGAUAUUGUCGUAGGUCGGGCCUUGGCCUGCUUGGCUAUUUCACGUCAUCGCCUAUGUACUAUGGUAGCUGAUCAUUUUGGGUCUAAACUACGCUCAGGGCUCCCAUCUUAUCUCGCUGCAACCUUGACGAUAUGUACUCUCCUUGGCUCGAUGAACCCCGAACUCCAUGGGGCACCUUAGGUAGCUCCAUGAAGUCCGGAUUCGAGUGAUGAGAUGCCUACCGUAGUUUCGGUAUUCAAGCCUACUAUCCUCGAUGUUGUUACAAUGCCAAUGUCAACUACCUACCCCUUCAAGGCCGAAGUUUCGGCCAAGGGAAUAAGCAGUGUAAUUUUGUUCACUCGCUGGAUCCUACUGAAUACCUAUAUAUAUUGGGGCGAUGCUCAUCAUCUGUCAGAUGUGGCCCAGGUGGGAACCAGUCUUUCGGAGUUUUCCUCGCUCUUCAUUUCUUUUCGCUUCUUUACGAUUUAUAUCCUUGCUGCGCUCCGGGAGCCUUUUCGCAUUUUUAUUGUACUUUCUCUCGUUACCUAUUUCGGUCUUUCACUCACCCAAAAUAUUCGGUUCUUAGUUGUUUAGUCAAUAUGUCGUCCGUCCUUUCUCGAUUUUUCAUCCUAGCCGCGUCUGUGACGCCGGUAUUAGGGUUUUGCGGUUCGCACACGCAUCUCGACCGAAGGGCAGAAGGAGAGGAGGUACCUAUCUCGAAAUUUGGGUAUACCGGCGCGGUAGGACCUCUUCUCUGGACUCAGCUGGACACUGCUGCCAAUGGACUAUGCUCGACUGGCAGUAACCAGUCCCCAAUCAAUAUGGUCGAUGGACAAUUCACCCUCAUCCCGGCAUCCGACGUCGAGUUAUCCGUUCCAGACGCUACAGAAGGUGCAACCUUUGAGAACCUCGGGUCAACAGUGGAGGUUGUGAUGAAAGAUGUCGGGGGAACGUUUGUCCUCGAAGGAAAGAACUACACAUUAGAGCAGUUCCAUUUCCACCACCCUAGCGAGCAUCUCAACGAUGGCGUCAGCAUGCCGAUGGAAAUGCACAUGGUAUUCACCACGGAGGCGGAGGAAAUUGCUGUGAUAGGUAUCUACGUCGACCUUGUAGAUUCGCCGACAGUUCUUCAGCUUCAUCUUCACCCCCGAAGCGCCCCAUCGACCCUACUCGAAACCAUCUUCUCUUCCAUCGGAGAAAUUGGCACCCCCGGUACCUCAACGAAGACCAAGCCCCUUGCUAUGUCAGAAUUGGUCACGCAGCUAAAGGCGGGUAGCUUCCAGCGGUAUUCUGGCUCCCUUACGACCCCGCCCUGCUCCGAGGGUGUCGCCUGGUCUGUUGCGACCGAAAAGCUCCGGUUAUCCAAAACGACUUUCCAGGCAGUACGUGAUGUUGUUGGAUUCAACUCCCGAUACCCCCAGAACAACCUCGGCGAGCAGAACCUACUUGCGGCGGCCUCAAGCGCAGCAGCUCCCCCUGCCCCCGCGAAUUCUACCGCGAAUUCCACUGUAGCCCGGAGACGAUGGGUCAUGUAAUGAGAGGUGUCUUAAGGGGAUAUAUGUUCUAACAUAAGAUUUUGGAUUGCACUGUAAACAUACUUGGCGAUACACUAAGAUCUGUAUUGUAUUAAAAUAGGUACAUAAUAUAUAAUAUGGGCUUGUAUAAAAGAUUAGUUAUAUGUAAUUGUAAAAGAAGAUUAGAAAGACAAGAGGUAAUCUGAAGUUAGAGAUUAUGCAUAAAGUUAACCGCACUUGCUGUUAUAUUAAGCUCAAACCAAGAACUUGUCACUUCCCCGUUUACCUGCGAGUCUGGCUUGGAUAUCCUUGGAUCUUCUUGGCAGGUCCUCAAGGUUCCAAAGUUGUUUGCUUGCCAAGGUGCUUCUGUGAUGUUCUAGUGCAAAGUUUAAAAGGCACA